AUGUCUGGUGUUAAAUCAUUGAUCUCUCAAUUCGAAACGAACAAAGGACUCGAUGUUUCAAAGAACUCGGCAGUCCCAAAAAGAUCAUUUACCAAAAAUUCCAUUAUUUCUCCGCAACCCGAUGUCAGUAGGUUAAUCACAAAGACUGAUGUUAAGGCACUAGAGGAGAGCCUAAUAAAGGAUAAUCAGAAAAAGAUCCUUAGGCACACAAACAGUUUAGAUCAACUAGAGAAAGCUAUUAGAAACUCGGUUUACAAAGAAGAAUCUGCUACCGACAACUACAGUUUCUCGGGUUAUAGGGUUGAUAGCAAGCAUAAGCUGCAAAAGGUCGGUGCUCUCGUUCAGCAAAAAGAAGGAGAACAGCCGCGAAGUCAAGGUGAAGUUGGAAAACUGAUAGUACGCUUAAGAGCUACUAACUUCCACUCUGAAUCACCUGCUAGUUCGCAAAGUGAGACUGUCUUUAGCUCCAAGAGAGAAUCAAACGAUAAGAAAACCACCAAGAACGAUAGAGAAGAAUCAGAGUCUCCUCCCCUACACGAGGAGACAGUUAAGGAACCUACUCUAUCAAGACCAGAAGAAAAAUGCAAAGUUAUAGACGAUGACAGUAAUUCUGUCUCUUCAAGAAAAGGAUCAACCAAUAUGUUAGUUUCGGUAAAAGAUAUAAACAAUACUGACAAGAAUGGAAUUUCAACACAGGAGUCUAAAGACUUGCACAUCAAUGUUAUUCCAAUGCCUCCUACUCUAUCCGAUUCUUACAAGUUAGAUUCACCUUUGACUGCUUUGAUGGAAACAACUGGUGAGAAAAGUAAAGGGACAUCUGCAAAGUCUUUGAUUGAUGAUUUGCAGAAUGAAAUCCUGGAGAUGAUUGAUAAUUCGGGUGGUCCAGUCAUUUCUGGUGUUUCUUCGAUCCAUUCUAAGAUGUCUUCUUCAACCGAAUUGAAUUUAAAUGCAGAUUCUAUUGGAACACAAUUGAUUGAAAAAGAGAAAACAAACAUGGUCAGCAAAGAAAAACCCCUUCGAGUUAACACAUUAAUAACGAAUAAUGAAACACAGAUACCAGAUACUUCUGCCAACCCAAUCAAGAAGGAAGUAGACGGUUUUCAUAGAGAACAUACCGGUUUGAGAACUCCUCCAGUAACAAGUUAUUCUGAAAAUUCAUCCUACCAAACCCCAAGAUCUCACGUACAAGCAAAUAAUUUGUUUGACGAAUAUCAAAAUAGUGGAGAUACACCCAGUACUCCGGCAAAGAUGGAUGAAUCGACUAGGAUAUUGGAAACAGAGGAAGAAAAGAAACCAAAUGAGUCACUACCAGAAAUUAAUGCCAAAAGUAAGGUGCUUGAAGACCCAAAAAAUAAAGAUAUUGUUCAUGCUGCUAAGUUGAUGACUCCUAUUCAAUUUCCUGCUGAAACGUUUUCAGAUAGUGGUGCUGAUGUAUUUGCAACACCUCCGCAAUUUUCUCAAUUUUCGCAUUUGGGUGCAAAUACUAAUACUGCUGCAACCUUCCGAAAAUAUGAGCCUGAAAUGAGAGUCGUUACCAAAAUUGAAGAAACUAUUGUUGAUAACCACAAACAAGUAAAGAAAAGAAAUAAAAUACCCUUGUUUGGAUUCUUUAUGAGAGACAAGAAAAAGGAGAGUUCUUCUGAGAAAGAGGUUGUUUCUGGGAAAUAUUUAGUUGGUCCAAUACAAUCUCCUUACUACCAUGACGAGGUAGUGAAGAAAAGCAAAGAAGAUAGUCCAACAGGUGGCUUCGGUAGUCCAAACACCCCUGCUAAGAGAAUGAAAUCACAUUAUUCAAGUCCUAAUUUUUCAACCAGAAGGCAAAAGGUAACCACUGAAAUGAUAAGCUAUCCAGAGUCUCCUGAAAGAAAAGUGAAUUAUGUACCCAGAAGGGCAGCGCCCAUCCCAUCUCAAUCUUGUUUGGAUUUAGAUAAUGAAAAAUUUACUCCAAAGCCUAGAGAAUUGGGGUCUCCACCUGAACGUCACUCAACCCAAAAAAUUUCGAAAGCGACUGAUGAGUCGGGGCAAUCGAAACUUCCUCAUACCUAUAGAAUAUUCGCUUCUAAUGGAGACAAAAGGAAAUCUAUUAGAGGCAAGUUACUGAGAAGGGGUACGGCUAAAACUGUCAACACUGUUGAUGAAGCAGUACAAACUGACGACUCAUUGACACGGGUCCAUAGUAACGAAAAAUCCAGGAGUAGAAAGGACGUCAAUUUAUGCCUUUUACCAAUCAACGAUAGCAAGAACGAGUUGCUCGAGUCUUUUUUGCAUGAAAAGAACCAAACAAGUCUGCUUAAUUACUUCGAAUCGUUUAUCGAGAAGUCGUUUGUGUAG